AUGGACAACGCUCUGUUGCGACUGGAUUCUGAGAUCGUCGUGUUGUCUAUAUUAUGCCUUCAUCUCCUAAUAUCUCAAUUUAUUCCAAACAUGGAAACUCCGGUCACCAUAUUUUUGAAUGAUUCCGUAAUUAAGAAUUUGAGUCAGCGUGUGGAAGGUCUCCGAUUUGAUGAUGAUCUCUUCACCAGUGUCCUCACAUCUCACAUGCGUUUAGAAAAGUGA